UAAGUUGUUGCUACCUAGCAAAGCUAUGCAUGUGUAGAGCUAGAAGUGAUAGUUGACGUCGCUAGCGCAUAGCGAGCUACCUAGCGUCCAUUCAGCUGUCUGACUGACAAAUGCUUCGUUGUGUGAACUCUGCGAUCAAGUCGCAUAGCGUUAAGGAGUGCGACUGGCGAUAGACGUAAUUAUUUAACAUAAAAUACAACUUCACAAGUAAAUGCGGUUUGGUGUCUGUUUGUGUAGCAGCCAGCUAACUUAGCUACCAUAUCUCUGUGGCUAGCAACGAUGUGACCAAAGAUGUACUCCGUGAAAUAACGUCAGGUCCAGUGUGUAAGAUUUAGGAGCAUCUAUUGGCAGAAAUGGAAUAUAAUAUUCAUAGAAUGAGCUGUUUUUAUCUACAGCCGCCGAGGGUCGCCUUCUCUGCAGGCCACCAUGUUGAGCCUUGAGCCAUGUUUCUACUGAAGCUCAGAACAAACCAGCGUAAUUUCUCCUUUGCGCUUGGAAGGGGAAGCUGAAGCAAGGGAGUUUCAAUCUGCGCACAGCUAGAUGCCACAAAAUCCUACCCACUGGACCUUUUAUUGCCUUUUUAUGUCUGAUGUAAAGGUCUUUAAAUUGCCUUGUCAUUGAAAGGCUGUAACAUUGACAGUGUGACUGUGCAGUCCUCCUUGCCGAGGAAGGAAAAGGCACCAGGGACCAUGAGUGAGAAUGGCCCUCAUACAGAGGCGCCCAUGUAUUUUGAGGUGGAGGUGGAUCCCCUGGAGCGGGACGACGAAGAAGAAGAAGACAAAAUCCACUUUGACAAAGACGAUGACCUGAUCCCUGCGUCUUCAUCGUCAUCUGGUCGGGUGUACGACCGCACCACAGUGCUCAUUGAGCGGGACCCCAUCCGGCUGGAUGAGGAAGGCGAAGAGGAGGGUCAUUGUGGCGGCUACGAAGACGGGGUCACCUUCCUAACUGAAGGGGAAGGUGAUGGAGAUGAGGAGGAGGGCUCUCUGGCCUUUAUGACAGACCCUGAUGGCAUGUCACAAGGUUAUGUGCACCACACCAUUUCUCCAGACCAGAUCCAGUUCACAAUAAAUCCAGGCUCCACCCGCAUGCCACGCAACAUAGAGGGGGCUACUCUUACCCUGCACUCUGAGUGCCCCGAGACCAAGCAGAGAGAGGUGAAGCGUUACCAGUGCAUGUUCGAAGGCUGCACACGGACAUACAGCACGGCGGGAAACCUGCGGACACACCAGAAGACACACCGGGGGGAGUACACAUUUGUGUGCAAUCAACAGGGAUGUGGAAAGGCCUUCCUCACCUCUUACAGCCUCAAGAUCCAUGUCCGGGUUCACACCAAGGAGAAGCCGUUUGAAUGUGAUGUGCAAGGCUGUGAGAAGGCCUUUAACACGUUAUACAGACUAAAGGCACACCAGAGACUUCACACAGGCAAGACAUUCAACUGUGAAUCAGAGGGAUGCACAAAGUACUUUACCACACUCAGCGACCUGAGGAAGCACAUUCGCACACACACUGGGGAGAAGCCAUUCCGGUGUGACCACGAUGGCUGUGGCAAAGCCUUUGCUGCAAGUCAUCACCUAAAAACACAUGUACGGACACACACAGGGGAGAAGCCAUUCAACUGUCCCAGUGACGGCUGUGAAAAGACUUUUAGCAGCCAGUACAGUUUGAAGAGUCACAUCCGGGGCCACGACAAAGGACAGCCCUUCACAGUCACCCUCACCCAUCCGCUCUCUGAAGAUGCAAAUCACUCGCUAUGCCUCAGUGACUUGAGCCUCAUCUCUACGGACUCUGAGCUACGAGAGAACAUCCAUAAUGCUCAAAAUUUGGAUCUCAACAAUGUCACCCCUGUGAAAAUCUUUGAGCUCAUGUUCCAGAGUCCUGAAAAUAGUGUCAGCCAAGAUGAUUCCCAUCCCAACGAGAGCCUUGCUGAAUCCUUCAACCUAGAGACCUCUACCCACCCGAUAGUGACUGAUGCCACCGCUCUCAUCUCUUUCUCUCUCAAUCAUACCUGCUCAUCUUCCUGUUCCCACACAACUGCAGUCAUGGAGGCUCCUUCACAGCUCAGUCAGAGUUCUUCCACUCAGGCCUCCACCCCUGCCACUGUCACCGCUACUGUCAGCUCCACACAGCCUCCUCCUUUCAUGCAACUAACAGGGCCUCAGCAGAUCUCUGAUGACCCUGCCCAGGCUUCUGUCCAAGCACCAAACCAUGUCACCCCCCAGCACUAUGUGGCACUGCCACCCACAUUCCUGCAACCGGAUAGUGCCGCCCAGACCACUCCUCUACCACCUCCCAUCUCUGCUCCUCCUCCUGUGGCUCCAGUACUAACCACCACAGCACCAGGUACUGCUGCUGUGUCUGUUGUUGCAGCCACCACAACAGAUGCUCUGGCAGCUGUGGCUCAACCUGUGCCUUUGGCCAACAACCCUGUCCCCAUCUCUGGACCCGGUUUGCCUACCACACCUGCCACCAUCACCAUAGCUCCUACCCAGAACCUGCUGCAGCCCAGCCUGGUCAUGUCUGACCAGAACCUCCAGUGGAUCCUCAGCAGUGCUGCCAACAGCCAGCAGAACCCAGAGCAAGCACCACAUCAAGGAGGUCCAAAAGUGGAAAAGGUUUUCUUCACUACAGCCAUACCAGUGGGAGGAAAUGCUGGCAACUCAGUCCAACAGAUCGGCCUCAGCCUGCCCGUCAUCAUCAUCAAACAGGAGGAAUCCUGCCAGUGCCAGUGUGCCUGCAGGGACUCUGCUAAAGAGAAGAGUUCAAAGAGUGCCUCCUCCAGUGUUUCAGCCCCAGCACAGCAGCAACCAUCAGAGCCCCCUCCUCCCCCACCACCACAGCCCCCAGAGCCUCCACAACAUCCAGCCGCCUCAUCUUCCUCAUGCUGCCUCCCCGAGUCUUCCUCCAAGGUGGGUGAGGUGAGGCUGGAGGCCCCCUCUUCUUCUUCCUCCUCCUCCUCCUCCUCCUCAGCUCAGACUUUCUCCACGAUAGUGAGCAGCACUGCCACCAACCCUCCCUCAUCUGACGGGUUAGCCAAUAUGGACGUCUCGGAAUUCCUCUCCCUGCAGAGCCCUGAGACAGCUGCCAACAUUGAGGCUCUGCUUCUGGUCGCUGAUGACUUUAAUAUGGCCACUGAUGGCAAUUCUUAGAAGAGCUGCCUUCUGAGUCUAGCACCAUGUGUUUGUCUGUUGCACCCACUCAUCCAAAGGCAUCAUUUCCACCCACAUCUCGAGUCAUUCUCCACAGUGGCGCCUCUUCUUUCUCCCUAUAUAGUGUGUGUAUCAAACCCCCUGUACCUGCAGUGGAUUCUGUUCUGUAUGGCAUUGCGCAAUAUAUACACGAACUAUGAAUUGUUUUUUUUUUUUGCUGGCUCAUUGCAGUAGUUGAGUUUUUAAAAACAGGAUUAGUUUGCUUAUUGAGAUUUAGCAACGUUAAUGCUAUUUAAUGCAGGGAAAAGGCAGUAGAUCCUUUGUUAUAAACUUAAUCAAACUGUAUAUAAUAACCCUCAAUAUCCACUCUGAAUUGAUCGGAUGAAACAAAUGAGUGUUGUUCAAGCACUGAUAACUUAAGAGUUCCGUUUUCCUGGCUUUAAGGUCACACACCUGCGCAGGAAAACAAAACUUGUCGGUAUAUCCUUGUACUGUACUACAGGUCCUAACAAAUGCUUAAAAGCUGGUAUGCAACUGACCAGAAUGCACUGUAUAUUAGAGGAAUUUGCUCCAAUUUUAACAAGCAUUGCUCCCAGCAAGAAUCUGAAGGGGUCGGCCACAUAGCCCCUCAUAUGGCUGUCAUACAAUACGAAGUGAUUUCCUCAGUAUUUUUGUUUCCUAGGAAGACUGUUGUAGUCCAGAAAAUGUGAUGUGAUUAUUUUCUACUUCUUUUGACAGUUAUUUACUCAUUGAAAAAAAAAGAACCUGUGACCAGAUAUGCCUGUCUUUUUAAGUGAAAUUAAGUCAUUACAUCAAUAAGUUGCCUAUAACUUAAACUAAUUUAAAAUUGUACAUCUUAAUUUAUUUUAAUGCUUGAUUCUUUCGUUAUACUGGUAAUAUUAUCUUUAAGAUAGCAGAGAAAUCUAUUAAUUUAUUCCAAUCACUUGUAUUUUUAAGUUGAGCUGUUUUUAUGUUACUGAAUUGCUUUUUUUCUUCCAUUUUUUUAUUGAGAACGUAAUGGGUAUUGCUAAAAGCAAGUUUGAGGAAAGAGGCACCUAUAGUUGACUGCACAGUGAAGCAAAUUAUCCUCAAGGAUCUGCUUGUUUGCAAAAAUUGUCCACAAUGAAAUAGUAAGGAACUACUGUCAACAUCCCAUGUUUUAUAGGGUUGUGACCCUCUCAGGGAUGCAUCAAGUCAUAAGUGAUCCUGGUUCCCUUAAUUUGUUACUUAGACAUAAGGUUUUCUUACCAGAUGCCCCACACUUGCAGUAGCCCUACGUUUUGCUGCACUCUUCCCUGUUUAUUGCACACUAACCUGUAAAGUGAGUAACCUGACAGCUUGUUAGCUGAACUGCAGCACCACUACAGACUUUUGUAUACAACUGCUGUAAAGUAGCAUUUAAAAAGAUGGUGUCCUGGUGACAGUGUAAAUACAGUACAUUUUAGUGUAAACAUCUUUGAGAAACUUGUAGAUUAUUCUAGAAUUUGUAUUUUUGUAUAGACUUUUGAAUUACUAACUCUCAGAGUUUGGAGCUAAUGUAUCCCUGGCAUUCUUCCCCCAGUCACAUUUAUGCAGAAGAGUUUUUGCUGUGUUUAGUUGAAUAGUUCUACUAGCAGCUGGGCUUUUGUACAGUCCCCAUAGUAACAAAAUAUAUGUAACAAAUAGGCUCCUCCUCAGAGUAUAAUUUAACAGUAUUGUUUCACAUAUGGGACACAAUGCAAUGAUGAUAGAGCGACGGCAUUAUGCCCUGUAUACUAGAGUGUAGAGCUACUUGGCCUUACAACAUAACUGUUCUAUGAGCCUCCUUGCCUUGACAGUCUCUGCUUCAGACUUGCCAUUGACAUGCCAACACAUUCAUCGUCAUUGAGUCUCAGGCAAUCGCUUCCAGCAGCAGAUCACAACAAGGCAAAAAGCAUUGAGACAGAGAAGCUUAUUGGUUUUCCUUGAAUCUGUAUUGUUUUCCCAACUGACUGUAAAAAUAUAAUCAGCUACAUAACAGAUGCAUGUGAUGUGAUUCUACAUUUUAGGUCCAGGCAGUAGGAUCAAAACCAAACUGACAUGCACAUCACUUUACCUAUCUGGGUUGUUUUUUUCCCCCCCUCUCUUUUUCCAUAAUUUCAAAAUGGAGCUUUCCCUCAAUUCACAGGUGCCAAGAAGGUAUUUAGAUAAUGUUGUGAAAGCCUCUAGUCACAUUUUUUGUCCCCUGAACCAUUCCAGAUAUGCAGUAUUAGAUAUUAAGAGUGUCUCUACUUGGCUCCAUUGGAUUGCAAAAUGGUAACAAUUUACUCACCGUUUCCGUGUUGAGACACUCAAUGAAAUUACUGCCAGGAGUCAGACUCAUACCAUAAAUAUAUAUUCAUACAUGCAUACUGUCAUUGAACACAACUAUGCAAUUUUACGUGUGGCAUUCACAAGUUUAAAUAUUGACUACAAGACAAAAAGAUUAUUUAUUCCUCCCUCCAAUAAAUUAUAUUCUGCUGAAACAUUAUAUGCAGAACUCUGAAGGCAAACGUUGCCUUUCCAAUGCAUACACGUUAAGUAUGCUCGUUGAACUCCAGUUUAUUGCAUUUCAUAUUCCACAGUGGUGUGAAUCUGGACUUUGUAGUUGUCCAUCCAUGUACUGUUCCCAUGAAUGUUGCACCACAGUUUUCCUUUUACAUGCCUUUUAAAACCAACUGGAUUUGUUUGAAGUACUUCGUGAAUGAAUGAUUCUGUUUUAAGAAUUAUUUUGGUCAAAUGUACGCAGCUUUUUCUUUUUCUUUUUUUUUGUACUUUUACACUUUAUGCAUAAACAUGUUUCAUUUGGGCCCACUCCAUCUAAGUUGUCAUCUCAGCCUUUCACAUUUGACAUCUCUCGGCUCAUCUUUACCAAUGAAAGUCAAACUUGCAGCUGCCCAUAUUUGUUUUAAUCAAUAAGCAGAGAAAAGGUUUGUUUUUUUUUUUGUUUUUUUUUAAACUUGUGGCCCAGGUUAGUCUAUCUGAAAGUUUACCAGAAAUGGUAACAUCAGUAAAUCACUGAUGGUGACAUUUGUUUGGAAGCACAUUGUUUGAUCACAAAUGUAAAGCCACAGUGUUUUUUGGAAACAGAGUUUCUGCCAUCAUUUUUCCAAUAUGGGCAAUAUUUAAAAAAAAAAAAAAAGAAAAAGAACAACAAAGGUGGUGGGGGGGGGACUAUAUGCUUCCAAAGGAAUGUCUUGACACCCAAAGAGUGAUGAAUUGUUGAGGAUUUGUAUUUUUUAAAAGAAUGUAUAAUGUGAAAAUGUUUGCUUAUGCUUGUUUCGUAUAAAGUAUUAUGAUAAAUAACUUUCUGAAUUGAGAGCAAUAUAAUACUAAUAAAACCUUAUCCUUGUCACUGAAA